UGGAGAUGAAGUAGCAGCGGCAGCAGUCGAUCAACAGAGCAACAGCAACGUCUCUACCGCGGAUCCGGAGGUUUUCUUCAGGGGGGACAGGUGACAGCGCAGACCGUCCGACUGACAUCCAACCGCCUGAACGUCCAUCGGUGGAAAUUACUGCUCUUUCACCCCCCCGCGCACCCUCCGAUUGCCUCAAUAGAUGUUACUCAACUACAUGCACAUCGAUCUGAUCAUCUAAGCCCAGUCCACCAAGAUGGAAAAUGCGCACACUAAAUCGGCGACUGAAGUUUUAGCCAACUUCGGCGUGAACGAAAACAAUGGGCUGACUCCGGAACAAGUCAAAAUCAAUCUUGAGAAAUAUGGACCGAACGAGCUCCCGGCUGAAGAAGGGAAGUCCCUGUGGGAGCUGGUGGUGGAGCAGUUUGAGGACCUCCUGGUCAGGAUCCUGCUGCUAGCUGCCUGCGUCUCCUUUGUGUUGGCUCUGUUUGAGGAGGGAGAGGAGACCACCACCGCCUUUGUUGAGCCAAUUGUUAUUCUUCUUAUCCUCAUCGCCAACGCUGUUAUCGGAGUCUGGCAGGAGCGGAAUGCUGAGAAUGCCAUUGAGGCUCUGAAAGAGUAUGAACCGGAGAUGGGAAAGGUGUACCGCAUGAACCGCAAGGCUGUCCAGAGGAUCAAAGCCAGAGACAUCGUCCCAGGAGACAUAGUGGAGGUUGCAGUUGGUGACAAGGUUCCUGCUGACAUCAGGGUGACCUCUAUAAAGUCCACCACCCUGCGAGUGGACCAGUCCAUUCUCACAGGGGAGUCCGUGUCCGUCAUCAAACACACUGACCCUGUCCCUGACCCCAGAGCUGUCAACCAAGAUAAAAAGAACAUGCUGUUUUCUGGCACCAACAUCGCUGCAGGCCGCGCCAUAGGUAUUGUCGUUGCUACAGGCGUCACCACAGAGAUUGGUAAGAUCCGUAAUCAGAUGGCCUCUACAGAACAAGAGAAGACGCCACUGCAGCAGAAGCUGGACGAGUUUGGCCAGCAGCUCUCCAAGGUCAUCUCCCUGAUCUGCGUGGCUGUGUGGGUCAUCAACAUUGGCCACUUUGGGGACCCCGUCCACGGCGGCUCCUGGGUGCGAGGGGCUAUCUAUUACUUUAAGAUCGCCGUGGCCCUGGCUGUGGCCGCCAUACCAGAGGGGCUACCCGCUGUCAUCACCACCUGCCUGGCCCUCGGCACACGUCGCAUGGCCAAGAAGAACGCCAUUGUUCGCAGCCUGCCCUCAGUGGAGACCCUGGGCUGCACCUCUGUUAUCUGCUCUGACAAGACGGGCACCCUCACCACCAACCAGAUGUCUGUUUGCAGAAUGUUUGUUGCCGACAAGGUGGAAGAUUCAAGCUGCUCCCUUCAUGAAUUCUCUAUAACUGGCUCUACAUAUGCCCCUGAAGGACAAGUACUGAAAGGAGACAGGCCUAUCCAGUGUGGAGACUAUGAUGGACUUUUGGAAUUGGCUACUGUGUGCUCCAUGUGCAAUGACUCCUCACUGGACUACAAUGAGGCCAAAGGGGUUUAUGAGAAGGUGGGUGAAGCCACAGAGACAGCUCUCACCACCUUGGUAGAGAAGAUGAACGUUUUUAAGACUGACGUAUCCGGACUCAGCAAGGUGGAGCGUGCCGGGACCUGCAACUCGGUGAUCAGGCAGUUGAUGAAGAAGGAGUUCACCCUGGAGUUCUCUCGUGACCGCAAGUCCAUGUCUGUCUACUGCACCCCCGUCAAGCCGGGCUCCCAGAGCAAGAUGUUCAUCAAGGGUGCUCCGGAGAGCGUGAUUGAACGUUGCCAGUACUUGCGCGUGGGAACAGCGAGGGUGACACUGACACCAGCCUUGCGUGAGCAGCUGCUGUCUAAGAUCCGGGACUGGGGGACAGGCAGGGACACCCUGCGCUGCCUGGCGCUGGCCACCCAUGACACCCCACCACGCAAAGAGGACAUGGACUUGGAGAAUUCCAGCAAGUUUGCAGAGUAUGAGCUGGGCCUCACCUUUGUUGGCUGUGUGGGCAUGCUCGACCCACCCAGGAAGGAGGUGAUCGGUUCAGUGAAACUGUGCAACGAGGCGGGUAUUCGUGUUAUCAUGAUCACAGGAGACAACAAGGGCACAGCUGUGGCCAUCUGCAGACGCAUUGGCAUCUUCUCUGAGGAUGAGGACGUGACAGGAAAGGCCUACACAGGCCGCGAGUUUGAUGAUCUCCCACCGGAGGCACAGAGAGAAGCCGUCAAACGGGCACGAUGCUUCGCCCGCGUUGAGCCAGCUCACAAGUCUAAGAUUGUCGGAUACCUGCAGUCAUUCGAUGAGAUUACUGCCAUGACUGGAGAUGGUGUGAAUGAUGCCCCGGCCCUGAAGAAAGCAGAGAUUGGCAUUGCCAUGGGCUCUGGCACAGCCGUGGCCAAGUCUGCAUCUGAGAUGGUGCUGUCCGAUGAUAACUUCUCCACCAUAGUGGCUGCUGUGGAGGAGGGCAGAGCCAUCUACAACAACAUGAAGCAGUUCAUCAGAUAUCUCAUCUCCUCAAACGUGGGAGAGGUCGUCUGCAUCUUCCUGACAGCCAUCCUGGGUCUCCCUGAGGCUUUGAUUCCAGUCCAGCUGCUGUGGGUUAAUCUGGUGACCGAUGGCCUGCCUGCCACUGCCCUGGGCUUUAACCCCCCAGACCUGGACAUCAUGGACAAACCUCCCCGCAAUUCAAAGGAGCCUCUCAUCUCUGGCUGGCUCUUCUUCAGAUACCUGGCCAUUGGAGGAUAUGUGGGUCUUGGAACAGUGAGUGCUGCCACAUGGUGGUACCUGUUUGAUGAAGAAGGCCCACAAGUGUCUUUCUAUCAGCUGAGACACUUCAUGCAGUGUACUGGGGAUAACCCUAUGUUUGAGGGUAUAGACUGCGAGGUGUUUGAAUCCCGUUACCCCACAACCAUGGCCCUGUCUGUGCUGGUCACUAUCGAAAUGUUCAACGCACUCAACAGUUUGUCUGAGAACCAGUCGCUCAUCAGGAUGCCUCCUUGGGUCAAUAUUUGGCUGCUGGGAGCCAUCAUCCUCUCUCUCUCCCUCCACUUCUUCAUCCUCUAUGUUGAGCCUCUGCCGUUGAUCUUCCAGGUGACCCCUCUGCGCUGGUCCCAGUGGAUCGUAGUCCUGAAGAUUUCCAUCCCAGUCAUCCUCCUGGAUGAGGCACUGAAAUACAUCUCCAGGAACCAUCUAGAAGGUGACGAGGAGAAGAAAUACCGGAGGAGAUGGCAGCUGAACUAAGACCUCUCCCUCAACACACUCACACAGUUAGACACACGCCUACCCUCCUCUUCCCUUUACGAGCUAGAAACCUUUUUUCUCCCCUGUCCUCAUUCCCCACUCCUGCAUGUCCGACAACAACAACAACAACCACCACCACUAGAAAUGAGCGGGGCUUACAUGAGAACGGGUGUGCAAGAAAAGAGAGCAUGCGUGUUCCUGCGAGCAUGGCUUUGUACGAGUGCCUGAGUAAAUGAGCGCUGCGUGUGCGUGUGUGUGUGUGUUUGUGUGUGUGUGUGGGUGAGAGCAGGCAGAUGCAGGCCUGUCGUCAUAGUUGCGAGAGCAAGAAACAACCGCAGAAAAAAAUAGAUAAAACUGCCCAGGGCUGUGCUUUUUAAAGAUUUCUGCUCAUUGUUUUGUUUUGGUUUUUUUUGACUGUACAAUACAAACAUAGUGGUGCAGUGACUGGACUUUGGGGAGGGAAGGAGAGGGAGGACAGGGGAACAGAGGUGGGUAAUACUGGGUGGGAUUUCUGGGGAGGGGAGGCGGGUGUUUGAAAUCAGCACAGAGACCGAAAGAGAGAUUGAGGGGCGAAGCGUGCCGUGGAGAAGACCACAGAGAGACUGGCAUUCACUCUGGUGAAAGAAGAGCACCAGAAAUAAUGUGGAAGAUGAAAAACAUCGGGCUCUUGAGACUGUCCAGGUUUCUGUCACCCACACUACUGGCAGUGAAUCCCAGCCAGCUCAGUAGGAGCACAGCCUCAUCCGCACAACACAAUUGUAUAUGUGGUCACACUGCUGCUCCUUCAUCGCUCUUCAUCUUUGCUCUCACCACAUACAAAGUCUAACUCCUGUUUGAUCGUGUUUUACGCACAACUAGUCUCCCCUUGCCCGUCUUGCUCUCUCUCUCUCUGUCUCUCUUUCUGGCUCUCUGUUGAGGAGGCAGCUGUGGUCCCGGGUGGCAACACGUCGGGCUCUUGAGUUGGGUGUGGAAAUGUUGCUCCGCCUAAAGGUGUGAAUAGCUUUACGCUGCUUGGCCGCUUCCUUCAGCUCUUUAUUUGAGGAGCUGAGGUCAGCUCGCAGACUUAGCAAAACUGAAAAAAAAGGAAAGAGGAAAAAAAAAAAAAAAGUGAAAAGUCAAACAGCAACCAAACCAGCAUAUCAGCAGUGUAGUUGUCAGCCAGUCCACCUGGCUGGUCCUCUUAGGCCUGACUUUAAUGUCCAUCUGCUGCGCUGCCAUCGGAGUUUCAGCUGUCAGAUAUCCUAGCAAGUUAUUUCAUUGAGUGAAUUAAAGGUAGAUUUGAAAAAGAGGGUGAUGCUUUAUAACAUUCUGGUCAGAAUAAUUAUCUCAUCUACCUUUAAGUUAUUCAGUUAUUUCUAAUCCUGCACCAGCGCUUACAGUAGGUGAGUGUGCAUUUAGCCUUACUUGAAUUAAUUGGUCUAAUUUGACUUGGUAGGCUUUUCAGUUUUUGAAUCGCACAGAUGUAGUUAAAGUAAGUUAAGGAACGGCAAAUGAACUGCUUGAUUGUCUCAGUCUUACAUCACUCGGUCAUCAAUCAUUUAUAUAUUAAGCACAGUAAACAUCCAUGCCUUAUACAUACAGCCCACUGCACCUCCACAUUGAAAAUGUGGUCGAAAUGAAUGUUUCUAGCUAGCCUUUAAUUAACUUUUUACCCACAGCCACCAUUCUCACUCAUACGUGCCCGAACACUGAUUCAUACUGAUCACUUGAGGUCUUAAAGACUCUGAAUGUCCACCUGGUGUGUGGCCUGUUUAAUAGGAAACCCUUUUUUGUUGUGCUUUGUGCGCGGCUCCCUCAGCUUCUCCUGCUCUCUCAGUGCUUUAGCGACUCACUUGGGUAUUGUUUUAUAAUGACUAAAUAAUAAUGUAUUUGACUGAAUGAACCUACGGGGUUUGGAUUGUGUCUUUUAAGUCUUAAUUAUGGGUUUUGUGUGGGCCCUGGUGCUCUGUAGACUGGGUCAGGCUGACACAGUGGUUGUUUUCGGUCUUUUGUUGCUUCCAAAUAGGACAGAGGAGAGCGCACAUUCAAAAAAAAAAACUAUUGUAUAAGGUGCUGGACCAAAAACGUCUAUGGGAAGAGGAAAUGGAAAUUGGAUCUGCACUCUUUGUCAGUUGCUUUUGAUGAAUUUAAUAAAGCAACGUUUCGUUCACAGAGAUCUUCAAGGCAACUGUUGAAGAUAUCUGUGAGAUUGAAAUGUUCUUUAAAUUCAAUUUACUUUGAGUUAUUGACACAAUUUCCUCCCUUUUCUUGCUUCCAGACCUGCUUUCAACAAGCACGGUUUAGAUUCUAAAGGAAAAUCCACCCUUAAACAAACAAAUCUGCUAUUACUCACAUAGCUGUAUCCAUCUCUUUUGUUGCUUGGUAGCAUAUUGUUCUCCAGUGGAUUAACUGGCCAAACUGGGACGACAUGACAUUGCCAAGUCCAGAUAUUUUCAGCGCCACAUGUUCUCUGAGGGUUUGUAAAAGAUGAUUCUUUGCAAUGCACAGUCGAAAAUCACUAACUUAAGUAGAAGUAAAUGAAGCAGAUUGUGGGAAAGUACACUAAAGAGUUCAUUACAACACAUCAACAACAUCGAAUGUGAUCAGAUUUAAGGGUGGAAUAUUCCUUUAACUUCAUACCUGAAGCUGGAUCUUGUUUCAAGUAAAUAAUGGCUUGAUUUGAAUUAUACUGAACAUAAAACAUGAGAAUGUGGCACCUCUGUCCAGAGCAGCAGACCACCUGUCCCUGUCCCAGGUCUCCAUGGCUCUGUAACAUGCUGGCACUCUGGCCACCAGGCACUAUAGGUCUCUAUAGCCUUGUUAUUUACUACUGAAUCCUCAACUCUGUACAGAAGAUGAGAAUAAGAUCGCAUGGAACCUUGUUACUGUAAUAAUAACCUAUACAGUAUAUAAUAUUUAAUUUUUUGAUAACUUACAUCAAUGUACUUACCAACAUCAGACUUGCAAGAAAGCAUUUUUAUUUUUAUUUUGAGCACAUGGUAUCUAAGGAUCUCUCUCUCUCUCUCUCUCUCUCUCUCUCUUUUUUUUGUAGAAUAGAAAGGUUGUUUCUUCAUUGUUCCCGUUUGGUUUUUACAGUUGCUGGGGUUUUGUGUCUUUUACUGUAGGGAAAGAAUAUGACGUUAUCAUGUUUAAGAUAGACAAGAAUCAUGCUUACGCUAAUUAAUUGACGCUGAUCAUGUCAGUGAUAGUUAUCUGGUGUGAGAAUGUUCAAGAAUUUGUGAAUGAACUGUGUAUGGUUUACACUGAGCGAUAAGCAGUGAUGAAUCCUGGGUUAUGAAGUUUUAUGACUGUACAUUGAAGGGCUUGGUGUGGAUGCAGGCUCUAGAGACCCGUGACAAUCCUUCUGGGUCUGACAUUUUGGGAAGUCGCUUGACUCUCCCAGCAUGGUACUCAAAGUCUUUUACCAUCUAUAGAAGAAUAACCAUCCUUACUGACAGUAAAGGAGUGAUCAAGUUCAUAUCAGUAACAUCUGACCAACAGUUCCCUUUCUCUUUGUCUAUACAGACAAAUAAACAGUCUCUAGAGCCUGAGUUCCACCUCUGAGAAAAAAGGAUUCUCUGUAUUGCCUUGUUAAUAUUAAUUGUGGACACAUAAUUUUAUAAAUGACAAAGACGUGGAAAUAAAGAUUAUUUAUCUUGUUA